AUCUUACCCUUAUUUGCUAAUGUUUUUUCGUAUUUUAAAAGCAAAUAAAUUAAAACUGUCCGGUAUACAAUUAAAGCUUCAAAGGAAAAUUUCACCGCCAGUGAACAAUAUAGUUGAUAUCAAAUUCUAUCAAGUACUUUUCUAUGGAGUCAAAUUUCUAUGGACCCUAGGUUACUUUGCAAGCGAAAUGUCAAUAUGUGGAUAAUUCAUUUCGCACUGCAGGGACGCCAGUGAAUAUAAAGUCAAACCACCUGCUAUAAUCAGUUCAAAAUUGUUAUCGUAUUUAAAAAACUAGCGAAUCUGUCAUCUGGAAAAUUUAAAGCUUCUCGCAGAAGCACAGAAAUCAAGACGGACACACGGAAGAGAAAGCAAGUCACCAAGAAACGAGGGGGAUUGAAACGCUUGUUAAAGGAGGAACUGAAAGAUUCGCGAAGGCUUCUGGGACAUGCGUUUGCGUUCCCAUAUCUCUAGCUGACAGUGUCAUUCAAGACGGCUAAGUCAAGAGAAAGGUCUUCGUUUACGGUUUUGGUCGGUUUUCAAUACUUUACGUCGUGGUGUUUAUGCGAACGUAACGAAUCACUGAAUGCACUAAAAACUAUAGAAUAGGCAAGAACAAGGUAACGUCACAACUGCAGAAAGAUGGAUACGUGCAGCGUUCUCGGCGCAAACUUCAUGCAGAAGGCGGCUCGAAUCAUCCUUGGAAUGAUCAACACGACAACAUGCUUUACCGCGACCUUUGGAAACUUAUUGAUUAUUCUCGUUAUAUUUCAUUAUAAGUCUUUGAGACGGCGUUCCAAUUAUCUAAUCGUGUGCCUUGCCUUGACCGAUCUUACAGUUGGUCUUGUGUUGCAGCCAAUAGCUUCAGCCCAAAUAUUCGCCGAGUCGAUUGGGAAGGACUGCAAAGUGGCAUAUGCAGUAACAUAUAUUGGAGCAAUGCUGUGUGGAGCAUCAUCCUGGAUUCUCACACUCAUAAGCUAUGACCGCUACCUGCAUUUGGUGAAACUCCAGAACUACAAUAUGUAUAUGACGAAAAGAAAGCUACGCUUCAUGGUAACUUUUUGCUGGGUAUAUCCAAUUUGCCUGGGAUUUCUCAUGUUCAGUGACGUCACACUAGACAUCUAUUACGCUCUCUUGGUCCUCAGUGCAAAUUUCAAUGUCUUGGUUAUUGUCUUUUGCUACUGGAAGUCAUACAAGUUCAUCAAAGAAAAAGCGAAAAUAUUUCCCCGCAACGCAGGACUGACCCAAGCAAGUAACAACGAAACUGAUAAAAUAAGGCAUCACUGGAAGCUGGCGAAAACUUUUGCCCUGAUUAUUGGCUGUUAUUUACUGUGCUGGACACCAAUGGUUAUUUUCGUCGUCUAUCUCAUGAUUGCUCGCAAAGCCAAACUCUCAUUCGGUGAUUUUGAGCCAUACCUGUACACCAUCUACCAGAUGACACUUGUCAUGGGAUACAGCAAUUCAUCAAUGAACCCCGUGAUCUACUUUUGGAGGAACAAGGAGCUCAAAGCAGGCAUGAAGCAAUUUGUCAUAAACACAAUCUUGAGGCGACAAUACCUCUUAAAAGAGAACGUUAAUGUUUCAGUGCAGUCUAGCACCUAACCCGAGACAAGCUUAAAUUUGCUGAUGAAUGUUAUAAUUUGCUGACAAAACGAAAGCCCUAGCAAUAACUAGCAAAUCGCGAAUGAACCUUCCAAAGAAUUGAUUCAAAUCAUGCAAAAAGCUAUGUGGUUGAUUAUUUCGAAUUUUCGUUUUUACAUUGAGCUUGUAAGAGUGAUUCUAGCAUAAAAAGCGAGCCAUUGCACAGGAAAAGUAAAUCUGAGCCACGAUUUAUAUUAAAGAUAAAUUUUUACAAGGUUUAAAAUCUUAUUCUGAAACCUGCUAGUUUUCCUCAUAGCAUUUGAGUUACGUGAUCACAACAAUGACGCAUAAACCUAAAAUGAAAACCCAUAGUCAAAAAUACCAAGCUCUAGAUUUCUAAACGCUUCGUGAAAUAAUCGCAAGCAAGGCCACCCACCUUUCAAACAACAUCUUAAAUUAACCAAAACCCAUCAUCCUUAUUCCCCUUCAUAGACAUGCUCUAAGGCAAACAAAUAAGCAGAGUUUGCGCCCAGAUUAUAAGUUUUGUUCCUCUCGCAAGUGAGCAUUGUGUGAGUCGGCGGCACCAGCAACAUCGAAGCAUACAAAUACAACAAAAGAGGUGAACACAAUUCCAGCCUUGCUCGUAUGAAAGAAAGGUCAAUUAAAGUUCGCUUUUAUUCAUGAAAUCCCACAAGGACUAAUGUUAGGCUCCUCUUUGCAAGUGGCUCUAAGUUAACAAAGACCAAGGGAAUAGUUACAGAAAUGGGUAUUUGUUUAAAUGUAGCACUUAAUAUAGUUGGUAAGAUUGUAUAGUUAUGAUACGAUAUAUAUUCACAUGACCUUUUGAAAGUGCACAGAUUUACAGCAACGUGUUUCUUCGAUAACCCUAUCAAAGAGUGUGGAUAAAAAGUGCAAGCGACUGUCUUUAAACUGAACUAAUUUGCUUUACUUAAAAUGAAAUUCAAUUUAUUUACGUCAGAUUUUCA